AUGCCUAACCAAGUUUUGAUUAUAGAACCACAAAAUGAGCUGAAGUUUAAAGUUGACUUUACAGGGCUGUUUGAUCAAGGUCACACCACUCACAUGCGGCUGACUAAUCCAACGACGAGCAUGGUGUUAUUCAAAAUUAAAACUACCGCACCAAAGAAAUACUAUGUGCGCCCUAAUUCCGGUAUGCUGGAGCCCAACUCGAAGGUGGACAUUGCAAUCACACCUCAACACUUCUAUGUGGACCCCAAUGAAACACACAAACACAAGUUUAUGGUCCAAAGUGUAAUUGCUCCCGAGGGAAAGACUAAUAUUGAUCAAGUGUGGAAGGAAAUUCAUCCCAAUCAACUCAUGGAUUAUAAGUUACGCUGCGUCUUUGAAUCGCCACGGGAAGCCGUCCUUAAUGACUCCGGCGACACUGCCGCUCAAAACGAAGUUGCUAAAAAGCUCGUCGCUGUCGCCGAAGAAGCCAAGCCUUCAAACGUGCCCCAGGCGUCAUCUAAGGACGAUAAACCGCGUUCUACCGUCGGCCAAGGCAGAGGAAGCAAGGAGGAACGUACCAAUGAUGCGUCUUCAUCUAAUACGGAGUACGUAGAGAGCCAGCGGCAAAAGAUAGCCGAAGACAUUCGUUUAAAGGAGGUGGAAACAAUUUUAAGACAUGAAAAUAUGCGAUUACAAGAGGAAAUUCUCCGCCUGCAGCAACAAGUAGGCGCCGAGCACGCGGGUAACCGCGGCCACUCCUUCGGCCCUGAAAAGAAGGAACAGCUGACCGUGAUGCCGUGGCUCGGGAUCACCAUCGCCAUGGUGCUGCUCGGCAUCCUCAUCGGCAAAUUCUUCAUGUGA